AUGUCGGAAACGGACUACAGCAACAAGGAGUACCGGGUGGAGAUCUCGUCGGAGGCCCAUGUCUUUGACGCAGAGAAGCCGCUCCAACGGGGCAGCACCAACGCGGACGAGCGCGACAUGGAGAUGCUCGGCCGCACGCAGGUGUUGAAUAGAAACUUCCGCUUCCUCUCGACGCUGGGCUUUGCCUGCACGUUGAUGAGCACAUGGGAGAUUGGCUUGAUGACGACAGUCUACGGCCUGGCCAACGGCGGCACGGCCGGCCUGAUCUGGGGCUACCUGAUCGUGUGGAUGGGCUACAUGUUGGUGUUUGCAUCGAUCGCAGAGAUGGCGUCGAUCUCGCCGACGGCCGGCGGCCAAUACCACUGGGUAUCGGAGUUUGCACCACCGCGGGCACAAAAGUUCUUCAGCUACAUCAUCGGCUGGGUGGCCGUGCUGGGCUGGCAGACCGGACUGGCCUCGCUGGCUUUCCUGGCCGGCACCAUGAUCCAGGGGCUGCUAGUGUUGACGCAGCCGGACUACGUGUUUGAAAACUGGCACGGGACACUGCUGGUGAUUGCCAUCACGGCCUUUUGCAUCAUCUUCAACACCUUUUUGGCCGGCCGCCUGCCCAUGGUCGAGGGCAUGGUGCUGGUCGUCCACGUGCUCGGCUUCUUUGCCGUGCUGAUCCCGCUGUGGGUGCUGGCACCUCGAUCCACAGCUGGCGAUGUCUUUGGCACGUUUGCGAAUCUCGGUGGCUGGAGCUCGACCGGACUCGCCUUCUUCGUCGGCCUGCUCUCGCCCGUCUACACGCUCAUCGGCGCCGACUCGGCCGUGCACAUGAGCGAGGAGGUACGCGACGCCUCGCGUGUGCUGCCGCGUGCCAUCAUGUGGGCAGCUGUCGUCAACGGCACCAUGGGUUGGGUCAUGUUGAUCACCUUUUGCUUCACUCUCGGCAAUCUGCUCGACGUGCUCGACUCGCCCACCGGCUACCCCUUCAUCCAGGUCUUCUACAACGUCACCCACAGCAUGGCCGGCACCUGUAUCAUGACCGCUAUCCUCAUCGUCAACAUCACAUCUGCCUGCAUCAGCACCGUUGCCACCGUCUCACGUCAGACCUGGUCCUUUGCCCGCGACAAUGGCCUGCCUUUUUCUGCCUUUAUCGCCCACGUCAAACCCGGCUGGAAUAUCCCGCUCAACGCCGUUCUCGUCACCUUUGUCAUCACCACCCUCCUCUCGCUCAUCAAUAUCGGCUCUGCCGUGGCCUUUAACGCCAUCGGAAGCCUUGCCGUCACUGCCCUGCUCGGCACCUACCUCAUCUCCUUCACCUUCCUCAUCAUGCAUCGCCUCACCGGCUCCGAACUGCCCGGCCAUCGCUGGUCGCUCGGUCGCUGGGGCCUGCCCAUCAACCUUGGCUCCGUCCUCUUCUUGAUCGUCGUAUGGGUCUUUGCCUUUUUUCCCCAGUACGCCGAGGUCACCAGCGAGACGAUGAACUGGAACGUCGUCAUCUUUGUCGGCGUCAUGGUCUUUGCCGUCACCUACUACUACAUGUACGGUCGCAAGUCGUAUAUGCCGCCUGUGUCGCUCAUGAGGCGGAACGAGUAG